AUGUGCGGCGUGAAUUUGAUUACCUACUACGCGGCCCGUAGUUAUCUUCCAGAUGAAUAUCUUGGCAUGGACGAUGUGAAGUCCCGUAUCCUCGCUGCGGCAAUAGGUAUGAUGCAACCAUUGGGCGGCCUCCUCGCCUUUUUCACUAACGAUAGACUCGGUCGCCGACUGCUCAUGACAUGGAGCGCAGGAGCCAUGACUACUAGUAUGGCUAUGCUUGCCGGUAAAACAUCGCCAAAGGCCCAAGGCAAUACUGCUGCUCUGGUGGUGGCCGUCAUUGCGCUUUUCUGCUUCCACUUUAUCUUCUCAGUCGGAUACUCCCGCCUGUUCUUUCUCUACGCUGCCGAAUUGGCUCCUCUACAGGCCCGUGCUACCGUCAGUUCCUUCUCCAUUGCGACCGUGUGGGUCUUCAACUUCCUGCUUGCUGAAGUGACUCCCAUCGGCUUCAACACUAUUCACAAUAAGUACUACAUUGUCUUCGCGGGGCGGUCGCUUGAGGAGAUCGAUGAAAUCUUUGCCCAUUCGAAGAACAUCUUUGACCCGCCUGGCGUGGAACGCCGCAUGCAAAAGACUCUCCGGGUCAGUAACCUUGUUAAUCGUCCGUGCUCGGAUAGCUGUGGUGAGGAUAACAAAUACGUCAAGGAAGAGGUCAAGGCUUGA